AUGCCAACGAACCUCAAGGGCGACGUCUGUGUCGACUGUCAGGAGCGUGACGCCAGUUUGAAAAUCAGAAACCGGCGCCUAUGUGCUACAUGUUUCGUCCGAUAUGUCAACGCCAAAAUUCUCAAACGUAUGGAGUCCUACGCAUUCAAAAACCUUGCGGGGGAUCAGAAGCGCCGGUUACUUCUCCCGCUUUCCGGCGGUGUCUCUUCUCUUGUUCUGUUGCAAGUGCUUGACGCGCAACUACACAAGCAGAUGGAGAAACGCCACAGAACUGCCUACGACCUCAUCAUCGCCCGUGUCGUGCUCCCUGACAAAGAAAAACAGGCACUUAUCGAGAAGGACUAUCAGAUGAUUAAUAGCCGGUUUCCUUUGCAUACUUUCCUCCCAGUCCUCUGUCUCCAUGACGUCUUUCGGCUAGAUCAGAGAAUUGAGCGGGACCUCACCCAUCUUGGGAUCAAUCGCCAGGAAGGCGAACCAGAUGACGAGUUUUUACGCCGAAUGCUCUCCUCUACCACGUCCGUGACUGCACGAGCAGACUUGAUACCCAUUCUUUUACGAAGGUUGCUGGUCUCAGUCGCAAAACGACAAGGUUGCGAGGCUGUGCUCUGGGGCCACUCAGAUAGUCGUUUGGCAGCUCUCACACUUGCAGAUGUUGCGAAAGGUAGAGGUGGGUCAGUCCCUCCAACCAUCGCUGAUGGACCAACUAUAUACGGGGUCAACUUUAAUUAUCCCGCCCGUGACCUGUUCAUGGAUGAGCUUCGAAUUUACACACAAGCUUUGCCGAAUCCCUUGCUGACUGAGCCGGGAGAUCAUGAUGCCAAUCGACAGGCGGCUACGAUUCGCAGCACCUCGAUUGACGAGCUCCUCAGCAACUACAUCAGCGGACAGGGCGUGAAAUACCCUGGUAUAAUGGCAAACGUGGUGCGAACAGCAGGCAAACUCCAAGUCAAAGCCACUGACCACGAGGCGAACGCUUGCCCGGUCUGUGGUAUGCCAACAAUAACGAAUCCACAGAGCUCAGAGGAAAACAAUGUUCUUUGCUAUGGAUGUGCGAGAGUGAAGCAGGAUAUUAGCACCUGA